GUCAGUGGCUCAGUUCACAUGGGGGAGAGAGGCUGAACAUUACUCUCUGCUCUCCUCGGUGUCUGGUGGAAACACGGUUGUUGUUUUUUUUUUCUGGUGUUUCUGGACAGAGUCAGAAGUCUCACCUUUGUUUUACCCACGGAGCACCAAGGAUAUUCAUCACUUUUCCUAUUCGGUUGCUCCCACUUGGCACUGUAUACGUCUUGGCCUGCAGCUGCAGAUAUUAACAUAGAGAAAUUGUGUCUGUGACACUAUGAUCUUCUCCAUGGUGCCUUUUAAGUUUUCUUUAUCCAAACAGCAGACGUAUGUGUCCCCCUCAAACCAUCAGAUGGCUCCUCCAAGCCCCAACAACAGCAACAACGGCCACACCAUCAGCAAUGGCAGCAGCAGUGGAGGAGAGCAGCUGAGCAAAACAAACCUGUACAUCCGUGGCCUCCACCCAGGGACCACAGACCAGGAUCUGGUCAAACUCUGUCAGCCGUACGGGAAAAUAGUGUCCACCAAGGCCAUCCUGGACAAGACAACCAACAAGUGCAAAGGCUAUGGCUUUGUUGAUUUUGACAGCCCGGCUUCAGCUCAGAAGGCAGUGACUGCACUGAAGGCAGGUGGCGUACAGGCUCAGAUGGCGAAGCAACAGGAGCAGGACCCCACCAACCUGUACAUCUCCAACCUGCCAAUGUCCAUGGAUGAGCAGGAGCUGGAGAACAUGCUGAAGCCCUUCAGCCAGGCCAUUUCCACACGCAUCCUCCGUGACGCCAACAGCACCAGCAGAGGAGUUGGCUUUGCCAGGAUGGAGUCAACAGAGAAAUGUGAGGCCAUCAUACAACAUUUCAAUGGGAAAUACAUCAAGACUCCACCGGGAGUUCCAGUGCCAUCAGAACCCUUGUUGUGUAAAUUUGCUGAUGGAGGCCAGAAGAAGCGCCAGAGCCAAGGAAAAUAUCUGCAGAAUGGCCGAAUCUGGACCAGAGAUGGAGAGACUGGUGGAAUGACCCUCACCUAUGAUCCCACCACAGCCUUACAGAAUGGGUUUUACUCCUCCCCGUACAGCAUUGCCCCCAAUCGGAUGAUCGGACCAACCUCCCUCUCCCCAUACAUGCAUUCACCUGUGUCCACUUACCAGGUACACAAUCCGUCCUGGAUGCAUCACCAGUCGUACAUCAUGCCGCCCAACGGAGCAGUCCUGACACCAGGAAUGGACCACACCAUGUCCAUCCAGCCGACUUCGAUGAUGGGGCCCCUGACACAGCAGCUCAGCCACCUCUCCAUGGGCAGCAGUGGCACGUAUAUGCCUGCUAACACAUCUAUGCAGGGGACCUACAUCCCCCAAUACACCCAAGUGCCUGCCACCAACAUGUCAGUUGAGGAAAGUGCUGUCCAACAAUCUGUUGCUAUAGAGACACCGACAGAACACACAAGCUACUCCUACCAGCAUAACAAGUGAAGAUGUGGCAGAGAUCUUCCUCUGUCGCUGCAGUGUCUCUCAUUUUGUGCCGAGACUCGACACAGCGACUCUGCAUGUAAGGCACCAGGCACUCGGGAGGAAUAAGGACUGUUACACAGAAAAGGACAAAAAAAAAAAAAACAAAAAAAAAAAAUUAAGAAGACAUUUUCUACAAACUCAUCUUUUAAAACAAACUCUUUACUCCAAACAAGCAAAGCUGGAGGAUGGCAGGCAAAGGGGAAACAGGAGGAACAGAAGAGGAAGUACCUGUUUUGAAAACAGUCAAGAAAGAAAUGUUACUCACUCAUGUAGAAAAGGUUGGUUUUUUUAAAUGUUACUCUCAUGCUUUCCCAGUACAACUCUGGGGAACUAGAGUGAAACGAGGAAAAGAACAUUUCAUCACCAUGUUUUUAUUUUGAGUCAUGUUUUUUGUUUAUGUUUUUUAAAUCAUGUUUUGUUGACCUUUUAUAAGAUGUUCUGAUUUGACUUCUCUUUUUCCAGUCUGAUACUUUCAGGCUUUAAACCUGCCUUUUUGUACAUAACAGUUGGUUUUGUGUGUGUGUGUGUGUGCGUGUUAGCUUAACAUGUUCUACUAUCUGAAUUCAGAAGGCUGGAAAAAAACAAACAAAGAAACAACCAACAGAACAAAAGAAAAGAGCCAAUGACAUGUUUUAAACAGAUAUGGUGCUGAUGUUUUUCAGGUAUGAAACCUCACCUGAAGGGGUCUCACAGGUUUUUUUUGGCUCUUUGACUCUCAAAUAAUUUAUAGUCUCAACAAUCUUGGAAAAAAUGAAAGCUUCAGACAAUCAGAAGAACUACGUAGGGAGAGAAAAUUCAGAGAAGAUGUUGACUCGGUUAAAUAGAGCUAAAUAGAUUUAAGGCAUUCCUGUUGCUUCACUUGAUGAACUCCAAAGUUGCCUGACAGGGAUCACAUCUCACACAGAGCUGCGUGUAAAUAAGAGAUUUAAAUUUAUUUAGGCUUUCAUUUGAUUUUCUUUCAUCGGUGUAGUAAUCCUUCGGUUAUUUUAACAACAACAAUACACAAUAUUGGCUCAAAAAAGCAAUCUAUGUGUCAGCUGAAUCCUUACUGCAUGUUAUGUCUAAAGGAAGUAUACGUUGUUAUCAAAGUGUGAAGUUUUUGUUACACAGACGUGGAAAUCAAGUGGUAAAGCUCGGCUCUGACCUGUUACAGCUACGUGAAUCACUACAAAGUUGGAUUAUUAUGGAGUGGAGAGACACCAGUGGAUUACCGGCCAUAGCUGUGUGUUUGCAUCUGCUUCUGGAUUUCUGUUUUCGCACCCAUUUCUUUUCUUCUUUUUUUUUUUUUACAUUUUUUUAUUUUAUUUAAAUUCAGUUUUAAUACUUUCAAAUUUUAUUUUAUUUUUGAUAAUGUGUUGUGUGCUUCCAAUAGUGAGAAAUGUUAUAAAAUAGUGAUUUGUUUCUGUUCUUGCUUUGGUUUCAUUGUUGUUGUUUUUUUUUUCAUUUCGGUUUUUGUGUCACGAGUGUUGGCACUUUAUGAACAUGACUCCUGCUCGUGGAUUAAUGAUAUAUGCUAGGCUCAGAUUCAUUGUUACAGAUUUGUACCCAGAGCACUUGGGAUCAAUGUAAGAGAAAUAUAUGUUCAAAACCUUGACUUACCUCAUCCUGCCAGAGCAAUGUAGAUUCCGUGUGUGUUCACAGGCAAUAACCACCUGCAGUAGGUCUUGUGGCUGUUCACAGCUGGUACUGUGUCCACAUCCUUUUAGUUCUUCUUCCGUCCAGUGUCUGGAAAACACGCCCAAGAUCUGAUGAUCUAUGCAAAUAAUUUAUUGUCCUUCGAAAUGCAAUACUACGUCUAUCCAAGGGACACCUCACAUUCUGGCUUACACAGAUUUCUAGCGUUCUUUAUACCUUUUGGAGUUUUUCCUAUUCUGCCUGACGCGUUCAUCUUUACUGUGAGCAAAAUGUUGCAUUAAAAGGGAACAGUUUCAUACCAAAUUGUUAAUAUGACUGUAGAAAAUGUAGACAUUUAAAAAAAAGAAAGAAGAAUAUGGCGUACGUUCUUUAUGUGCAUGUAGAGUGUUUUCUAUGCACACCGUCGUUUCCAUCCUCUGCUGUUUUCGUUAGGUUUCAGACUGUCCCGUCUCGUCUCGUGUGUUCACUUGCUGAAUCCGUUCUCUCUUGUUAAACCAUGCAACAGUUCAAAUCCGGGAGAAAAUAAAACUUCACAGAAAUGCCUUAGAUCUCACUGGAAGGGAUAGUGAAGUGCUUCACAGAUUUGGUGCACUUGACCUCUGACGGGAAGUUGUUUUUUUUUUUUCUCAUGCACUGCUAAAAAAAAAGAAUUAGUCAGAAUCAGAUUUAUGAAGCAAAGAAAUAUUGACAACUUCUAUUCACUAUUAUUUGUUCUUUUAUCAUCCCUUUAUUUGUAUCCAACUUACUGAAGAAAACCUGAGUGGUGGCUUACAAAGUCUAAAGGACUAUUGCUGCUAAGUUCGGAUUGCCAUUUCUAAACCCUAUAAUUGAAGGUCAUUGACUAUGUCACAUGGGACCAGUUUGUAACUCAUGUUCAACUACAUCCUCUCCUCAGUAAAGAUUCAUGCCAUGAUGCAGGUCUUUUGUUUUGAAACCCCAUAGCUACUUGGUUUGAUUUUAAACUUGUCUCUUUUUUUUUUUUAAAUAAAACUUUUUCACUGUG